AUGGGAAAUUAAUGCAAAUGUAUUCCUUGUAAAGGAUAAAAAUAUACUGAAAUCUAAAUAAAUUAAAUAGAUGACGAAUUAUUAGAAUAAUUAAACUAAGAAAAAAUUACAACAAAUGAUUACAAUUUUGGAGCUAUUUAUACAGGUGAAUGGAAAAACAAAACACGUGAUGGUUUCGGAGAAUAAGUAUGGCCUGAUGGUGCUAAAUAUGUUGGAUAAUGGUAAAACAAUAAAGCUCAUGGUAAAGGAAAAUUUUAUCACACAGAUGGAGAUUAUUAUGAUGGAGAAUGGGAAAAUGAUAAAGCAAAUGGAUAUGGCAUCUAUGUUCAUGUAAAUGGUGCAAAAUAUGAAGGCUAUUGGAAAAAUGAUCUAUAAAAUGGGUAUGGUGUUGAAACAUGGAAUAAAAUUUCAAAAUAUGAAGGAAACUAUGUAAAUGGAAAAAAAUUUGGUUUAGGAAAGUUUGUUUGGAAUGACGGUUCUUCUUAUGAUGGAAAUUGGGAAGAUAAUAAAUUAUGUGGAUAUGGAUUUUAUUAAUGGGCUGAUGGUAGAAAAUAUGAAGGAGAAUGGAAAGAUAAUAAUAUGCAUGGCGAAGGAAAAUAUACUUGGAAUGAUGGAAGAGUAUACUAAGGUUAGUAUGAAAAUGACAAAAAACAUGGUAAAGGAGUCUAUAUUUGGCCUGAUGGUAAAAUGUAUGAAGGAUAUUGGAAAAAUGGUAAAUAGAAUGGUAGAGGGAUUUAUAUAUUACCUGAUGGAAAAUAAAAAGUUGGAAUUUGGAAUGAUGGAAAACACUUAAGAUGGUUACAAGAUAAUGAAGAAGAAGAUAAUGAUAAUUAAAUUGAAAAAGAAAAAGAAAAAAUAAAAGAUAGUAAGGAUAAUGAUAAAAAAUCAUGGCUAUAAUCAAAAUGA